AUGAUCCUGAAGUUAGCAGACAAUUUAUGAUUUUCGAAUAUUUAAAGUAGAAAAUUAUAAAAACUAGGUGCAAUUUUUUGAAAGUAUUAAACGUCAGUUAAUUUCAGUAUCAUAUUUAAAAAGCGCGCGUAAAUUUAAAAAAUGGUAUUCACUGAAAAUUGAAUUGUCCGUCAGGUGGCGGUAACUGCUGAGUAAAAGAGCGCCUCUAGUGGCAAUAAUAAAGUACUAGUCAGUAAGUGAUUGACAACGGGUCGAGGUAGUGGAGAGGAGUUAAGUGAUCAAAAAAUGGCAUCCGCGACGACGUCGCACAAUGAGGUUUCGCAGCAAUUUUUCGUUAAUAAACUCAUACGCGUUGGUUAUUAUGAAUUGGAGAAAACCAUUGGCAAGGGUAAUUUCGCAGUUGUCAAAAUGGCAACACAUGUCGUUACUAAAUCCAAGGUGGCCAUUAAGAUAAUAGAUAAGACGAAGCUCAGUGAGGAAAAUCUGGCUAAAAUAUUUCGAGAAGUUCACAUUAUGAAAAGGCUGAGACAUCCUCAUAUUAUAAGAUUGUACCAGGUAAUGGAAACAGAGAAGAUGAUAUAUUUGGUAACGGAGUACGCCCCAGGUGGUGAAAUAUUUGAUCAUCUUGUGAGAAAUGGCAGAAUGUCUGAGCCAGAAGCUAGAAGAAUUUUCAAACAAAUUGUCCUAGCGGUUCAUUAUCUUCAUACACAUGGUGUAGUUCAUAGAGACCUUAAGGCUGAGAAUCUAUUACUUGAUGCAGACAAUAACAUAAAACUUGCUGAUUUUGGAUUCAGUAAUGAGUAUACACCAGGUAUGCCUCUGAGUACUUGGUGCGGGUCCCCUCCUUAUGCGGCGCCUGAAAUAUUUGAAGGAAAACAUUACGAUGGACCAAGUUCAGAUGUUUGGAGUUUAGGAGUAGUUUUAUAUGUACUGGUUUGUGGAGCAUUGCCGUUUGACGGCCCGACAAUGAAGUCGUUGAGAUCCGUCGUAAUUUCUGGAAAAUUUAGAAUACCAUUCUUUAUGUCAGCAGAUUGUGAAAAGUUGAUAAGGCAUAUGUUGGUGGUGGAGCCUGAGCGACGAUUAAGUAUAAGGCAAAUUCUCGCGCAUCCUUGGAUGGGCGGUGAUGGGGUCACGGAACCUGAACCUGGAGGGUGUAGUCCCGAGCCUACGCAUCCUCUUCCACUGAAUCAAGUAGUGAUAGAAAAUAUGUUGAGACUGCCAGGACUCAGCGCAGAUACGUUGCUGCAGUCUAUCCAAGGAAAUGCCUUCGAUCAUGUGUCUGCAAUUUAUCAUUUGCUGGCAGAUCGUCUUGAAUCAACGAUGUCGAGUUUACCGAGUAUACAAAAUCUCCCGGGCGAUUACAUGCCCGAUGGCGCUCACCAGUUGGAGAAAUUCGGGGAGUCCGAAUCGGAAACAGACUCAGAGAGAGCAGGACUUUGUUUGCCCUUGGGCACACAAGUGCCGUAUCACGCAACAAGAAGACACACGGUCGGACCCGGUGAUACAGCACACCAAUCACCAUCGCCUUAUCCUUAUCCUUAUCAAAGUUACACGCCGGGUUAUCCACCUCUCGGUCUCGUGCCUAUGAUGCACUGCAAUCCCGACGGCCAGGUGCUGCCACAAACGAAUUUGCCCUUAAAUCUUCCCCUUGUACAACAUCAACCUCCGCAAAAUUUCCAAAUCAAAGAUCAGCAUCUGUUGAAACCACCGCCAGUCAUGGGAGCCAGCACUUUCGGAAGAAGAGCGUCAGAUGGUGGUGCAAAUCUCCAUGUAUUUUAUCAGCAACAACACGGAAGUGGUAACGCCGAAGAAGGAGGAUGGAGUCAUCCAGGCAGUAGAGAGCACUUGCAAUCUAGCGGUAGUCCGUCGUUGGGACAGUGCUCGCAAACGCUAAGUGUAAGCGGAAGUCCCGACAGCAAUGGCGGUAGUACUGGAAGCUCGUCAGGUGGGAGCGAUCGUCGAAGACGAAGUGGACUGACGGCGGUAAUGCAACGGCCAGUUAUAAACCCGGAACUGGUCAUGGAGGUGGAAGCUAGGAUGAAUAGGGCAUACGUACCAUCGAGAUUGCUGCCUUCGCACUUAAGGGAUUUGCCUCCACGUCCCCUGCACCUGAGGAAAACCUCACUCUAUCCUGCUGCAGGAGUUGCAGGCGGCAGAGAUUCAUACAAAGAACCAAGCGCACAUGUCACCACCGAGAGGUACUCACCGGUCAGGAGGGCGUCUGAGGGUUCGUGUCCACCAGGACCAGGGAUCCAGGCCUUGCAGCAGGAGUACCAGCAGCUCCAGAGACUCGCGUCACCUUCUCACAGUCCCGCAAGUAUUCCCGGAUCACCCGUUCAUGAGCGAGGGGUCGCGGCAAUCACUCAGGGACUCAGUGGAUUAACGACUGCGACUGUACCAGGUAGUAUAGUUCACGGAACACCAACGCAAGCACCAACAGCGCCUUUGGAUCUGAGUCCAUUAAGACAUCACAGAUCUCCAGCAACAACACCAGUAAGUUAUUCACCGAGCAACAGUCCGGCACUGGAUAUGAUCCAAGAGGAACAUCCUGUUGAUAUAUCCAGAGUACCACCUCAAAUAUCAGUAACAGAUGUUUCGGGUGGACAAGUGACCUUAGUCGGCUGUCCGCUCUCUCCCUCACCAUCCCUCGACUCUCUCGAAGACAAUCUCUCGCACUACAACCCGCUACCGAGUUUCAUAAUAUCCGAGCCUUGUGAUCCAUCGCGGCCGAGUAUCACCCGAGGAAUCGGUCGGCCUCUAAAUUCACCUAUACCUUCUGAAGUUGAAGUAACUCUGUCAAAUGAAUCAAGUCGACUUAACUCCGAGGCUAUUCUCGGCAGAGUUAAACAAAUAAUCGACGCACGUGCUCCACCAAAGGGUUUUAUAUUUUCGCGCGAAGAAGUUAAGGGCAGUGGUCUGAGUCUUGAAUAUCCCGGUGGAGUACAAAUCGAACUCCGGGUUUGUGAAUUUGAGGAGCAUGAAAAAAAAGGCAUAAAAAUGAGGAGAAUUAGUGGGGAUCAGCUACAGUACAGUCAACUUUAUGAGCAAUUAAUUUCCUGUAUCACCGUUUGACAAGAGAUAAUUAAGGUAAUUAAAAUAAAUGUCAUCAAUAUAAUUGUCAUUAUGUACAAUUACUUCAAUAAUAAUAAUAAUAAUAAUAAUAAUAAUAAUAAUAAUUAUUAUUAUUAUUAUUAUUAUUAUUAUUAUUAUUACAAUUAUUAUAAAUACGUUAGAUUAUUAUUACAACAUUCCAGGUGCCUAAAAAACACCUUUACAACUACAGUAUUGCAUUACAUGCAUGCUGCAUAUAUAUAUAUGUAUACAUAAAUAUAUGUAUAUACAUGUAGUACGUUAGACAUUAAAUUGUUUCGCGUCUAUCGUAUUAAUAUGUGCAACAUUAAGCGUAUUUAUCAUUUUUUUCUUUCGUUUUAAUAAUAUAUUUUAUUAAAAUUAUUAUUAUUUUUAUUAUUAUUAUUAUUAUUAUUAUUUUUAGCUCUUCUUUUUAAUGUCGAUCGUACAGAAGACUUAAAUAAUAUAAUGAUAAUUAUUAUUUAAACAAAUAUAUAACAUUUAUUGCGUGAAUCAAAUGAUGUGCCAUGUUUAUAUUGAAUCGGCUAAAUUUUAAUUCGAAUAAUUCCCAUGUAAACCAAAGUCACAGAGUUAUAAUUAGGAAACUAACUAAUUAACUAACGAAGUAAAAAAAAAUUAAUUAAAAAAUAAAAACAAUGAUCCUGAAAUAGCAGACAUUAAAAAUUUUUAUUUAUUUUCAAUAAACAAAAUAAAUAUUGACAGGCAGAAUUUUUAAAAAAUUUAUUGGGUAUAUUUUUUUUUAAAUUUUUAUGAUGACAAUUGACAUUGUAAUUAAAAAUACUUGAAUUUUAAGUCAUAGGCUAUUUUCAGAAUCGUUAAAAAAUAAAUAAAUGUUAAAUUACAUAUGAUCCUGGUUAAGGAGGUUCGACCGAAUCUAAUGUAAAAAGGAUUUUCCAACUUUAAGAUUUGAAAUUUAGUAUACAUGUGAAGAACUACUUUAUCUAUGUAUUCUCAAAAUUUUAAUAUGAUCUACCGUAUAGUUUUUUAGAAAAAAAGAUUUAAAAAUGACGUUUUUAAAGUUCUUAUACACAGGCUCUUAUGGCGGACAAGCUCCCGUCAUGACUUGUUCGAUUAUUCUCAUUAUUAACCUCCCAAGUUUAAGAAAUAAAAAACCACAUGCAUAAACUUGAAUAUUUUUGGAAUAUGAUAAGAUUUUAACAAUAUAGUAUUACCGUUGUAAUUAUUUAAAUAAUUCAAGUUAAACUUUAUUAUUUAAUCUCGUUCAUCGACAGAGAUACAUAUUAUUGAGGGUUUGGCAACGUCGCGGAAGCAGCUGAGAGAAAAAACAAAGAUAGAAAUACAUUAAUAAGAGAGACGAGAUUAGAAACAAAUUUUCCCGCUUUAAUUUGAAUAUUCAUGUGUAAGAAGUUAGAACGCGCUAUUGCCAAAUCUUUUUAUUAAAUCAUAUGAGUCAAAAAUAACCAAGUAAUUUCAUUACUUUGUUUAAUUGAAUAAGUAAUAAAUAUUAAUUUAUAAAUUCGUUAUGUUAUUAUAAAUUAAAAUAAUUAAUUUUCAUAACUAUUAGGAGUAUUUAGCAAACAAAAAAAUUCAGACACUACUUUGACUCACUAGUAUCGGUCGAACCUCCUUAACAGACAAUUAACAAUUUUCGGAUUUUUUUUUCGACAAAUUAAUUGCAAAAAAAUAAAAAUAUGCAUAUGUAGGAAAUUAGUAAAACUACAGGUGCAAUUUUUUAAAAUAUUUUUUUUUUUUAUAAUUUAUCGUUUUAAAAAAAAUUCAAAAAUUUUUGAAUGUCUGCUGACUGGUAUCAUAAAUUAAAUUUGAAUUGUAAAAUAAAAUUCAAUUGAACAAUGGACUAAAAGAUACUCCCUCGAUCAACGUAAUAUCUAUUUAUAAUAAUUAAUUACUUUGAUCUUACCGAAGUAUGUGUAGUUAAAUUAAUGAUAAUAAUUAGUGUGUUUUAUGUAAUUUAAUUGUUAUUACCAAUGUGUAAAUAGUUUAUUUUAGAUGUACAUAUGUCGUAACUCAAACGAAAUAAUACUUUUACUCGACAAGUUUUACAAUACUUAUCAUUUUUAAUUAUUAUGAAUAUAUUUUAGUUUAAUAGAUAGACUCAUGUUUAUUAUUUUUUUUUUAUUCACCAUUUAAAUGUAAAGAAAAUUUAUUACAUUCCAAAAUAAUUUCUAUUAGAAAAAAAAAUAUAUAAGUAAUAAACAAAUUUUUUAACAAAUUACCAAGUAAAGGCAUUAGAUUGCCUUUGAUUUUUUUUUUUAAAUAAAUAAAUUUUUUUGUAUAUUUAUUAAUUGAUUAAUUCAAUUAAUCGUUAAUGCAGAUAAAUAUCAGCAAUUGUAAUUUUAAUACUUAACUUUUUUUUUAAUGUAAAAAAGAAAUGUUGAUAAUUUCUGCAUUAAUUUUAUCGAGUUGUAAAAUAAAAUAAUUUUUGAAAAACGUUUAUUUUAAAAUCAUAUAACUCAGUCUAUUUAUUGAAUAAUUAUGCAAUAAUUAAUCCAAAAAAUAUUUUUAUGAUAAAUAAAAAUUAUUAUAAUUAUUAUUUUAAAUGCUUUUACCCUAAAUUUUAGGAUAAUUAAAAUAAAUUUGACACAAAAAAAAAGUAAAUAAAUAAAUAAUAAAAAACAAAAAAAUAAAUCAAUCAAUAAACGGUGUGUAAAAAUAUAUAUCACGAUUAGUAUUUUUUGAUUGUUUCUAUACACGCAAUUAUUAUCAGAGUAAAAGAAUUAAAAAAAUAAGAUAAAAAUAUGUAAAUUAAUGUCUAUAUGAUGAGAAUGAGCCAAUGAAAUUUUUAUUAGCUUUUAAUUAGAUUUAUAAAUAAAUAAAUAAAUGAAAAAAAAAAAAGAUUAUUAUAAAUAAUACGUCGUGAUUAAUUAAAGAUGUUAUUCUAUAGCACACCUCGUGUUACUGACAUUUUAUUAUAUUGUUAUACAAUUAACACGAGCGUAAUAAUUAUUUACGCACAAGUAAGUGCAUAUCGUGCGUGGGCGUUUGCUCCCAAUUUAAUAUAAUUAUAAUUAUUAUUAUUACUAUUAUUAUUGAUAUAAUUAUCGAAUAAAAGUUAAUUAAUAAUUGUACAUAAUUAUAAAAAAAAGCUACAAAAAAAAAGAAAAAAAAAAACAAAAUGGAGUGAAUAAAGUUUUUGAUUUUUUAAAAAUAUGUAUGUAUGUAACGAGUGUGUACACGCAUGUUAUACAUUAUUUUCUAUGUUGUGUAAAUAGACACACUUAUCAGGUAUCACAUGCAGAGACGAGCUAUGUAUGUAUAUUAAUAACAAAAACAAAAAAAUUAUAUGGAUAGAGAACAGAUAGUAUUUUCUGCUGUCAAUUUCUUCAACUAAGACUGUGAUUUUGAAUUCAAGUAAUUCUUAGACCUUGUAAUUAAUACAUAUUAAAUAUGAGAAAAAAAAAAUAAUAAUAAAUCUAGCAA